UGGAGGCACUCCGGAGUGGCUCUCUUUCUGUUUCGCUUCUGUGUAUAAAAGGUUUCUGUUCCCUGUCAACAUCUUUCGGUGUAGGUGAAGCCUCUGCAGUAUCUUACAGCUGUGGUCACAGAUGGAUUCUCUCAAUUUUCUACUGAUUUCAUCCCUCGUUUCUGCAUCUACAUCUCUUCAGCAGGAUAUUGAGGCAAAGCUUGGAGCUGACGUCACUCUUCAGUGUCAGAUUUCCACAGAUGAAAGAAUCUCAGUGCUGAAGUGGAGCAGAGCUGACCUGAACACAGACGGCUACGUCUACUUCUACAGGAACAAACGCUCCUAUGAAAACUACCAACAUCCAUCUUUUCAUGGCCGAGUAAAGCUGAGGGACCCGGAGAUGAAGGAUGGAGACGUUUCUCUGAUCCUGAACAACAUCGCGUUUAAUGACACUGGGAUGUAUGAGUGUCACGUAGCUGUGAGGAACCCUGUGAGAAGUAAAAGAGUUCACACUGAGAUCAGUCUCUUCAUCAACCUCACAGUCACAGGUGAAACUCAUGGAAACAUGAAACUGGUGAAAACAGGAGAUGGAAACAUAGAGGAGGUGGUAGAAGUGGAGACUAGGACAGAUCAGAUGGUUGUUCCUGCUGUCUCUGCUGCUGCGACUGUCAUUGUUAUUACAGCUGGAUUUGUGGCAAUGUGGAGAUUUAAAAGAAAGAAACAGCAGCACAUGGAGGCAGAUAACCAGCAGCUGGUCUGAAACGUCCAGGAGUUUCUGGUACAGUAAGCUAAUUGUGCGUGAGAGCAAUACACAGAGAGGGAGGACAGGUGGGACCAGUUCUGUGGGCGAUGUGCUUCUGAGAAGGAGCGGCGUCUGUGUUCAUAGUUCCCGCCUGACCUCUUCAGAAUCAGCUGAUUUUUUUUUUUUUUUUUUUUUGCACCAUAACUUUAGUAUAUUUAGAAAAAACACACAGACUUUCUUUGUAGUAUUAAUUCACCCGGUUUCUCCAGCAUUUUUCCCCUGAAGUGCAGAAGAUAUCCACAUGAAAUCUUCAGGGCAGACAAACAAAUUUAAAACUGCAACCAAAUCAGUUUUAUACCCACUCAAAGUGACAAACUCAAACUCUAACAAUAACAUCUCUUUUGUAUUUGUUUGUUUAGCGUAAUUGUUUCACAGUUGUUUCCCAGCAUAACCUGUGAGCAUCUGAGUUUCAUUUUCUGUAUUUUCAUAGUAACAGUUGGGACUUUUUUUUUUCUUUUUGUUUGUUUCUUUAUGUUUCUGCUGUUAUUUUACUGUUUUUGUUUCAUGACCACUUCAAGGCACUGAGUUCCUUUUAAGUUUUUUAUUGCAUAAUUUUGGGGGUUUUCUGGUUGCUUUUACUCAGACUUCAUGUUCUCAGUUUGAAAGCUUCUCUGUCUUGAGUUUUUCGUACUUUUGAAAUCUGUUUGAGAGGUUGCUGUUUGCAUUUGCAUCAUGGUGUUUUCCCCCAACAUUUUGUUCAGUGUGUUUUAGUUUAAUUAUGUCUUUUGUUAUUUCCACUUUCCUUUCAUCAUUCCCUCACCGCAUCUGUUUGCCUGUGUGUUUACCUUUGCCCACAGACUCUUGGUGUUCUGGGAAAUUUCCAACAAUGUGAAUUACUUUCUCCCUGAAAGAUGAUUGAUUACAUUUCAGUUUGUAUCUUAAUAAAAUUUAAGAAA